GGAGGAUAAAGUGGUUAGAUGAUGACUGACUGACUGACUGAUUAUUUGUAGUAGUUCCAGUGAAAGGUGCAGUGCGACACUUUUUAACCAGUAGCUAAUAACACAUGUUUUCUUUCUCUCACUGCUUUUUAGAAUUUUUUUUUGGAAUAAAGCCCUUUUUAUUUGCUUUUCAACCAUAUAGACGGGUUGUGCCGUCAUGUUUGUACAGCAACUGCACUAAGGUUGUGACACAAAUACAGAAGAGCAGCUGCUCCCACACAAACCACGAGUUUUCUUCUUCUUUCAGCUUCCUUCUUUAGGGGUCGCCACAUCUGCCUCCAUCUUGCCCCGUCCCUUUUGUCCUCGUCAGUUACACAAGCUGUCCUCAUGUCCUCUUUCACAACCUCCUCUGCACGUGACCAAACCAUGUCAACCUUGACUCUCUGACUUGAUUUCUGACUUUUAUUCCCUUUCACAUGGUUGACCCCAGGUAUUUAAAAAAGUCAUCCACGUCUGCUAACUCUACUCCUUGUAUUGUCACAAUACCACCUGACCUGAUAAGUCACACACAGGUAUUCUGGGAACUAAACCAACCUGCAACCAGGCAUGUUCCAUGAUUUAUUACUUGUUUUUUUACCCUAAAUAGGGUCGUAAAUUUAGGAAGAGACAUGGUGUUCUUUUGAAGAAGAACCGAAGCUUGUUAUUGAGGCCAUUAAAUCCUCUGGGCAGUGUUUACUGAUGUUAUUAGAAGUAGAUUUCCUUUCCAAUGGACAACAGGUUACCAGCCCGUGCCAUAGUGUGGAUAAUAAAAAAGUGACUUAGACAAUCUGUCAACAAGUGCGAGGCCUCCGCCUUCCAUGCAACAUUUGCUCAUGGUGUCGUGGGAGAAGCCAAACAGACGAAACGACAGUGUGUCAUUUUGGUCAAUUCAGAGUAGGUCUGUGACUCUCAGAGGGAGUGUGGAUAUUCAGCAGGAAUGGCAUGACUUUGGGGGUUUUAAAUGACAGGACUGGACAGUUUUCCCUCCUGCAGAGGUUUUUGUGAGCAGCCAUGGAAAACCUGGGGAAGAUCAUCUUCUACAGCAUGGUCAUACUCACCAUUGUAUUCUGGGUCCUCAUCAUCCUCUUCUUAUGCUUGGCCUUCUCAACACCCUCUUAUGGUGUGUUGAGCAGUAACACAAUGCCCAUCUGCGAGCUGGGCAAGGCCCAGCUUCUCAGCUGCUAUCUGACCACACAGAGUAUAAGCCAGGUAUCUGUUUCCUGGGAGAAGAAGGGAGUCGAAGGGCUCAUUUACCAGUACAGGAGUGGGGCGGCAAAUCUUGGGGACCAGAACUCAGAAUUCCAAGGGAGGACAGAGCUCUUCCCUGAUGCUUUGGUCACAGGAAACGCCUCUCUGCUGCUGAGGAAUGUGACGAGCACUGAUGAAGGGGAGUACACUUGCAGCAUCAGCUCCUAUAUGGGUGAAGGGAAAGUCAACAUCUAUCUCAAAACAGCAGCAGUCUCUUACGAUGUGUUGAGCACUAACAAAACGGCCAUCAGAUUUCUGGGUGAAGACCAGCUUCUCAGCUGCUACCUGACCCCGCAAAAUAUCGAGCAGGUGUCUGUUUCCUGGACGAAGAAGGGAAUAGAGGGGUUCGUCUACCAGUACAGUAAUGGAUCUGCAAAUCUUACCUACCAGAACUCACAAUUCACAGGGAGAGCAGAGAUGUUCCCUGAUGCUUUGGUCGCAGGAAACGCCUCUCUGCUGCUGAGGAACGUGAGACCCACCGAUGACGGGGAGUACACCUGCAACAUCAGCUCUUCUAUAGGUCAAGGGGAAGUCAACGUCUAUCUCAAAACAGCAGAAAUCCUUUACGAUGUGAUGAGCACUAACAAAACGCCCAUCACAAUCCUGGGCGAGGACCAGCUUCUCAGCUGCUACAUGACCACGCCAAGUCUCAACCAGGUGUCAGUCACCUGGGUAAAGAAAGGAGUGGAGGUUUUUUAUUACCAGUACAGUAACGGAGCAGUAAACAUUAGCGACCAGAACUCAGAAUUCAGAGGAAGAACAGAGGUCUUUCCUGAUGGUUUGAUCAGAGGAAACGCUUCUCUGCUGCUGAGGAGUGUGACGCGCACUGAUGCCGGGGAGUACACCUGCAGCAUCAGCUCCUCUACGGGUAAAGGGAAAGUCAACAUCUAUCUCAGGACAGCAGUGAAGACUUGUCCCGAUGGAUGGACAACGGCUCAAUCGUCCUGUUAUCUCUUCUCCAUGACAUAUGGUUCUUGGGAUAAAGGCAGGAAUGACUGCAUGGAGAGAGGAGCUGAUCUGGUGACCAUCGGCAACAGUGAAGAACAGAAAUUAAUCUGCAAAAUGAGCAAGCAUGACAUUUGGAUUGGCUUGACAGACAGACUCACCGAGGGUGACUGGAUUUGGACGGACGGAAGACCUCUCACUCUGCCGUUUUGGCAGACCUUUCAGCCAGAUAACGGCAGAGGAGAUCCAGCUAACGGCGAAGAGGACUGCGCAGUUCUCCGUCCGAGGGUGAACUUUAACAGAAACUGGAACGACCUGCGGUGUGAUGCCCGCCUGUACUGGCUCUGUGAAAAAAAUGCAUCGCUAUUAAUUGAGGAUUAAAGUCUUGUUCGUACUUUUACUUUAAUCAUUCACAUGAAUAUGUUGUAAAUGAAAUGUAUUAUUAUGUUCUGUGAUAGACACUUCAUAUCACAUUAAGCCUGCCUCACACCAGAGGACUUGGCUUUAAAAACGUGGGAGACCACAGACACAAUGGGGCCAACAGUUGGGCCAACUAUCCUCUAGUAUGAGGCAGGCAUUAAAUGCAUUGAUUUGUAUGUAACUGAAAUUUUGGACUUUUGUAUUUUUGUACAGUGGAUUGCUUUACGUGACAUUUAGGAUUGUUAUUGGGUAUUUUCUGUCACUUGUACUUUCUCAAAAGCUGUGGUUCCUUUACUGAAAUUCUUUUAUCUGCCGUGCAUCCUGUGAAAUCAUUACGUGUGGAACCUCCACUGAGAUAGCGGAAGUUGCAGUAAGAUACUCUUUGAAAAAAUAAAAAAUAGUCAUGUUUUUCUAACUAACUGCUUUUACAAAUUAAAGUUUUACAUUAAAAACACAUGAUAUUUGUAAAAAAAAAUGAAAAAUACGACGAAGCACAAUCUGCCUGGGUGUGGGAUCUCAUGGGAAGUCAUCAAGUAAAGGCACUAGCGUUUAUUUUGGUAAUUACUC